UCAGACUGGAAAUAAGGUGUUUUAACAGGGUCAUUAACCAUUGGAACAACUGCCCAAGUGCUCUCCAUCACUGGCAGUUUCUAAAUCCAGAUCUGAUCUGGUUCAAACAGGCAUUAAUUCAGGGGCACCCAGUGGGCUGUGUUACACAGGUCAGGCUGGACGAUCGAGGCCAGAUGGGACCAUGAUGUGAAAUGCCGGGUUUGGUUUUCAUGGAUGAGAUGACCCUGGCUGAGUUGCCGUGCUGUGGCUCGGCCCUGUCUUACCACCACUGGCCUGGUUAUUGUGCGGUGUUAACCUUAGGCUUUGGCUGUACAAAUGGUUAGUUUUGGCAAGCCAGGGUGUAAAUCUGCCAUGCGCUAGGUGCCUGGGUGGACUCUGCUCCACACCCUGAGUUCUGCCGCACGUCUGGGAGCUGCCCUGCUUGGAAACAGCAGGUGAAAGUGCCCUAGGGAGCUGUUAGUCCGCGGCAGCAGGGUCCUCACGGACAGUGCGCAGCUGGCUAAGGCAGGGUAGCUUUACACCCCGGCUCGCCACGAGCUAAGUGUGCGCUUAGACAGGCCCUUACGCCUCUGGCCCUUGGCCAUUAUUAGUAUUUGGAUCCCUAGCAUCAAUCGAUUCUAGUUAGACUUAACCCCUGCCAGUCCCAGGCUUGUUGAAAUCCUAACCUGUUUUGACCCCUGCUGGUUGCAUUGACUCCCCCCUCCCCAACACACACACAGUCCCCUGCCCAUCACUGCUUCUUACCCAGGUUGGUGACAAUGAGCCCAGCUCUUUCUGCCUGUUUCCCUGCUGCCCCUCGUGGCCCAGUGCGAGGUGGCGUCUGUCCGUGCACCCUCUCUAGUCUCUUGCAGACGAUGAACUGCAAAGGGCAGGCCACAGCAAGGGCUGUUGGAUCCUACGUCAAUUUUACGGGUCUGUCAAAGCUGCCUCCCUGCAGGGAAGAGCCCUGCUGCCAGGCAGAGUCCCAAAGGUUUCUCCUCUCUCCAGAGUCCGGGGACGUGAAGGCCACUAUUGCCGUGCUCAGCUUCAUCCUCUCCAGUGCAGCCAAACACAGCGUAGGCAGCGACUCUCUGUCCAGCGAGCUGCAACAGCUGGGGCUGCCCAAAGAACAUGCCACAGGAUUGUGCCGGUCCUACGAGGAGAAACAGAGCCCCCUGCAGGACAGCCUGAGGACACGCAGCCUGAGAUUGAACCAUCUGGACUCUGUGUCCUGGAGGGUGGAUCAGACGCUCAGCUCCAGUGAGCUCCAGCAGGUCAAUGAGCCCCUUGUGCACCUGAAGUUCACGGUGCGAGACGGGGACCGAGGCGUGACGGAGCCCUUUGCCAUGACCGUGUCUGCAGAGAAGUUCCGGGUCUUACUGGCAGAGCUGAGACAGGCCCACGCCAUGAUGAAAACUCUCAGCUGAGGAGCCGGGAGGACGGCAGCGAGCGUGGAAGGAGCCGGCUGAUUGUGCUGCGGCCCGUCGGAGAGUCUGGUGGGUGCGGUUCCUCCGCUGGGGAAGCCCCUUGCUGCACACAGCCGCAGACACCGCCUGGGCAGAGGUUGGACUGGGCUCUCUCCUCCCUUCUCAGACCCCUGCAGCUGAAACUGACGACUGCUCUUCCCACUCUUCCUGGCUACUGUCCCCCUCGCCCCCUCUCCAGCUCUCUUGCUGUGAAGCCUCCUGCCCGCCCCUCCUCCAUCCUGCCCACAAGCCCUUGUGCUUCCAGGAGCCCCACCCCAGGAUCCGUCCCCAGAGCAAUGGUGGAUGGGAGCUUGGUGGCUUCUGCAUCUGCUAAUGAGAUCUCCACCUCGAGACCAGCUUCUGCUCGGGGUUCCCAUAACAAAGGCGUCCAAACCCAUGAGCCGUGCCACCGUGUAACACACACGCCUCCGGAGAACACCCAGGCCUGCCGGCUGGAGGCUGCUUUAACAGUGAGAGACCCUGACGUCCCUGCCCAGCCCUUUGUUGGUGGCUCUGUUCCUGAACAGCUGCAGGGAGCUGAUCUGUCCUUUUGCUUCUGCCUGAAUUGUCUCCUGUGCCUACUCCAGGGCAGGCACUUGGGCUCCCAUGUCUCUUCUGGAGACUAGCGCGCUGCAGCCCACCAAAUGCUGCGGCUAGGCCAGCUCCACAUCACCCGCUGACUGAACUCCUGCAGCAAUCCAGGAUGGC